AUUUCAAAACCCUUGGUCCUCGAACUGCCUUCCCCUUUCCCUCUCUAUCUUACUCUCCCUUCUUCGGCCGUGUUCGCGGGUUUUUUGGAGGGAUGUUAAGCACACCCAAGGGUUUCUUGCUUCGACUGGAGACUUGAAAGAUCGUUUCGCCGCGUCUUCUUAUCUUCUUCAUUCCCCAUUCCUAGCUGUUCGAGGGUUUGAUUUUACUCUCUCCCUUGGCCGCCUCGUCUCUCUCUCUGGUUCUUCAUCCGUUUUCUCUUCUCCUCACGGAGAUGGUCUCCGGUUCGCGGUUCGACGGUGGAACUCAAAUCCUUUCUGCUCGCGUCCGGAGAACCAUUGAAUCAAUUAAGGAAAUCGUCGGGAAUCACUCCGACGCCGAUAUCUAUGUGAUGCUCAAGGAAACCAACAUGGAUCCCAACGAGACCGCACAAAAAUUGUUGAAUCAAGAUCCAUUUCACGAGGUGAAGAGGAAAAGAGACAAGAAGAAAGAGAACACAGGUUAUAGAAAUUCUUCAGAGCCAAGGAGACAGACUGAUCAUGUUGGGCAAGGGAUUAAAUCUCAGUCAUUUUCAGAUCGUAAUAUUCGUAGGGGAGGUUAUGCUGGGAAUUCUGUGCCUGAUGCAGGAAUUAGCCAAGAGUUCCGUAUUGUGAGAGACAAUAGAGUGAAUCAAAAUACGAACAGAGAAAUAAAGCCUGCGUCACUUCAGUGGACAACUGCCACCAAUGAGCAAGUAACCCAGACUCUUUCUGAAAAGAGUUCAACGGUGAUUGUGACAGAUCCAAAGCCCUCAGGUGCCAAAAACUCAGAGUUCCAGGAGCCAUCUCAAGCUUUAAAAGGGGCAUCUGAUUCGGGGCGUAGACCUGCUCAAGUUGUUAAUUCAAAUGGCACUCAUAGGAAGGAAUUAUCUGGUGAGGCGGGGGCAACAAUCUCUAACUCAGCAUCACGGGUGCAGGGAUCGAGGACACAUGAUUCGAAAUCUUACUCUGCAACAUUAGCAUCAAACAACUCUGUAGUUGGAGUUUAUUCCUCCUCCACAGACCCUGUUCAUGUGCCUUCUCCAGACUCCAGAUCUUCUGUUGCUGUUGGGGCCAUCAGACGUGAAGUUGGGGUAGUGGGUGUUAGAACACAGCCUUCUGAAAAUUCUGUUAAACAAUCAUCUGGCACUAGCAGUUCUUUCUCAAGUCCGCUUUUGGAAAAGGAUCUUCCUGCAUCGGCGGAAUCAUUUCAGCCCUCUGCUGUUAGUCAGUCAAGUGCUUCUGAAUCUGUUGUGUCUAGCAUGGCAGUUGGCAGAUCUUUUUUAAGCAACCAAUAUCAUAGUAAACCAUAUCAACAAGUGGUUGGUCAUCAAAAAGCUCCCCAGCCAAGCAUGGAAUGGAAACCAAAGUCCAGUAAAAAAUCUAGUCCUGGAUUAAUUGGAACUGCUGCCCCGAUCUCACCUCUUGCCGACAGUUCUUCAUUGUUGAAAUCAGAAGCUGCUCACUUGCAAGAGAAGCUAUCACAAGUUGACAUUUCUGAUAAUCAGCAUGUAAUUAUACCAGCACAUCUUCGUGUCCCAGAGGCUGAUCGCACACAGCUCACCUUUGGCAGCUUUGGGGCAGGCUUUGAUUCUACGAGGAGCUUUGCAUCUGGGUUUCAAACUGUUGGGAGUGCAGAAGGAUCAAAUGGGGAAGCUUCGGUGAGUGUAUCAUCAACAGCCCCCACAAGUGAAGAUGCUUCAGAUGGAAACCAGGUAGAAUUCGUGGAUGAGCAAGUUAGGAGUUCGAGCUCUCAUUCUCCGGUAUCAGUUGCAGCUUCUGAGCAUCCAUUGCCUGACAAGAAAGAGUCAAGUCCUACUUUGGAAAACUAUGCAGAUAUUGGACUGCUUCGAAAUGAUAGCCCACCUUUUACUUCUAUAGAACGGCAGCAGCAGCAGCAGGAUCACACUGGUUUGCCAAGUUUUUCGGGAUAUGAUGCACAGAGUGGUUAUGAUGUACCAUUUUUCAGACCGGCUAUGGAUGAAAAUUUAAGGGGGCAGGGCUUACCAUCUCUUCAGGAGGGCUUGAGCUCGCACAUAGCCAAUCGCAUCCCUGCAUCCACUAUGGCAAUGGUACAACAGCAACCAGUGACACAGCUUUAUCCCCAAGUUCAUGUUUCCCAUUUUCCAAAUUACAUGCCAUACCGUCAAUUCCUUUCUCCGGUGUAUGUCCCACCCAUGGCUGUGCCUGGCUAUUCUAGUAAUGCUGCCUAUUCUCACCCCUCAAAUGGCAACAGCUACCUGCUGAUGCCAGGAGGGAGCUCUCACCUCACUGCUGGUGGCCUAAAAUAUGGUUCCCAACAAUAUAAGCCUGUCCCUGCUGGCAGUCCCACAGCGUUCGGGAACUACACUAGUCUGGCUGGAUAUGCUCCAGGAGCAGUUGGGGGUACGACUGGACUAGAUGAUUCGACCAGGAUGAAAUACAAAGAGGGCAAUCUCUAUGUUCCAAACCCACAGGCGGAGACAUCUGAAAUAUGGAUUCAGACCCCAAGAGAGUUACCUGGCUUGCAAUCAGCUCAGUAUUAUAAUGUACCUGGACAAAGCCCCCACACUGCAUACUUACCAUCCCAUACAGGCCAUGCUUCCUACAAUGCUGCAGCUGCUGCUGCCGCAGCACAAUCAACACAUGUGCAAUAUCCUGGUUUAUAUCAUCCUCCGCAACCAGCUGCUAUGGCCAACCCUCACCACAUGGUUCCAGGCAUGGGCGGGAAUGUUGGAGUUGGGAUGGCUGCAGCUUCUCCUGGGGCUCAAGUGGGAGCAUAUCAGCAACCUCAGCUUAGUCACCUCAACUGGACCACAAAUUUCUGAGAAGGGAUGGCAAUCUAAUCCCCUUAACAAGGGAUUGUUAGUUAGUUAUCGGAGAUCGUUUCAAAUCUCCUUGUGAAAUUAGAAGGAUUUCCUAUUUAAUGCAUUGCAAGUUUUUAUUUGGCAUUCGUCAAUGGCUAAUUAACAUCGCUCCAA